UUCAACUUGACCAUUAUUUAGACAUGUUUGUUUUUUCUCUCCAGUUACAAACGGCCAAGCUUGCCAUUGAUUAUGUAUUCUGAGCGUCACAAGUCUGUAAAAUUAAUUAUGGAUAUUGUGACCCAGAUCAACAUAAACUUGGUUACCAAUUUACUGAGGUUGACUAGUGAAACACUGAGUAACACUGAACAUUAAGUAGAAUGCUGUUUUUUGAGGUAACUUGAGCAAGCCAUACUUUUUAAGGCUUCACAUACUUGGACACUCUAGGUGGUUUUGUCAACAGUUGUUUAAGGUAAACGUGGUUUAAAUAAAUGACUGAGUGAGUCCAUUGCGAUUAUUGCAUCACAAUAUCGUUCAAGAUGAGAUAGACAAUCAAGUUAAAACAAAUAUGGAAUUCAAAUGUUCUUAACUUGAUAGGACCAGCUGUUCAACAUAAAAUAAUUUUAUUAACUUGAAACUAAUUUUAUAAUAAUGUAAAGGAAUAUUUCUUAUACUAAGUUUGGUAGUUUUUAUUUCUUUCUUAAUAUGUCUUUAGUUUAACUCACUUUAAUGAGUUGAACCUCAAAACAAAUGGAAGUUCAAUCAACUUUGAGAUCUUGUAAAAGAAUGUUGAGAUAACGACAUCAUUGCAUUUUACUCACCUUUCUAAUCUUGAGUUUGUUAGUCAAAGUAAGGACAUCAUUUAAGUUGAGUUCAAUUGCAAUUUUAAGGCAGCAGGUGAACUUACAUUUGUUAGUUAAGCGGACUAAAACAUCUUUUACAAUGUGCAGCCAAUCCAGAAAGAUAAAAAAGUGACGUGAUGUUGUUUGUUUCUGGUUAUUGAUUACUAUUGAUGAAUUGAUGUUUGUGUAUUUGCCGUGGAAAAAUGUAUCGUUUGAUCUUCUUUAUUGCAAAGUUUGCAAAGACUAUCAAUAUUUCAUUUCAUCAUGUGAAAUUGAAAGUACCAGCUUUUGCAUUGCUGAUAUUAAAUAAAUCAAUCUAGUGUGUGAUUAGAUGCUCAUAGAAUGUAUUUCGUUUACAAGCAAUGUAAGGCUGCUCACAUAUACAGUAGGACGAUAUAAUGGUAUAAGGCUAUACUUACAAAAUUAGUACUUUAAGGCACAUUUUUUGAAACAACCUGUGGAUGCUGUUGUUCAGCCAGUCUUCUGAAAAUCAUUCCUCCUUAUAUGGUUUGUGCACAAUUUCCAAUACUACUUUUUUCUUUCGUGUGUUCAAGUUUAGCUUAAUGUGGAGGUAGAUACCGUAAUCAUUAUUUUCAUGUCGUGUUUGGCUAAGCAUUAAUGCAUCCAUGUUAUUACAACCUACUUAAGACAAUUGAACUAAAAUAAAAAAAAAAAAGUUCUUAUUCGUUGAACGAAUUUUACACAUAUUUUGUGCAAUAAAGGUUUUUGUAUAUGACUCAUUUCGAAUUUGUCUUUUGAAUAAUGACAAUUGUUAGCGUGUCGGUGAUGGUAUGAAAACAUACUCACGGUGGCGCAAUAGACCAGUCUUCAAAUUAAUAAACGCCCUUUUUCUUUUACAUUGGACUGACGUGCAGUUCUGAUGUUAGUGAUUUCGUAGACCACAUUGUAUCAUUCUACAGCUUGUUAGGAGGGCGUCCACGAUGGAUUCUAAAACAUCUUUCUUUCACUUGCGCACCUUUUAUUAUCUCCUCUUUUUAUUGAAUUUCGCAUAUGGAGACGUGAGCUUUUCCUUUCCUGAGGAGAUGAAACGAGGAUCUGUUAUUGGGAAUUUAGCCAAGGAUCUCGGACUGGAGGCGAGCGCGCUGUCUGCCAGGAAAGCCCGCAUUGACGCCGAAGGGAGCGGCAAACGUUAUUGUGAUCUAAACGUGAAAAGCGGAGAGCUGAUUGUCGCCGACAGGAUUGACCGAGAGGGGCUUUGUGGAGACAAGGCUUCGUGUGUUCUAAAACAUGAGGUCGUGCUGGAGAAUCCUUUGGAGCUUCAUCAGAUUAAUCUGCACAUUCAAGAUGUUAAUGACAACGCACCAGUAUUUAACGAUGACUUGAUUGAUUUGGAGAUACAAGAGUCGGCCGUUAGAGGAGCUCGUUUUGUGAUAGAAGGGGCGCAAGAUGAGGAUGUAGCACAAAAUUCAGUUCAACAGUAUAUCCUUAAGAAGAAUGAUAAUUUCGUUCUGGCUGUUAGUGGCAGCACAAUAGAGCUUGUUCUUGACAAAGAGCUUGACCGUGAACAUAAACAGGACAUUAAUUUACUUCUCACAGCUUUAGAUGGCGGCUCUCCUCAGAGAUCAGGUACAGUAGUCAUACACGUCACUGUGCUGGAUGCUAAUGAUAACGCCCCAGUGUUCAGUCAGGCUGUUUAUAAAGCCAGUCUGCCUGAAAACUCCCCUCAAAAUACAAUGGUGAUUAAUGUUAGUGCUACUGAUGCUGAUGAAGGACUGAAUGGAGAAGUGACAUAUGACUUUAGUCAUGUCACUGAAGAUGUGAGGAAGACAUUCAGUAUUGAUCGUAAAGUGGGUGCAAUAAGAGUAACUGGCACUGUUGACUAUGAAUCUAGAACAUCAUAUGAAAUACGUGUCAAAGCCAAAGAUGGAUUAGGGCUGUCCUCAUAUGCAAAAGUAAUUAUUUCUGUCACUGACGUAAAUGACAAUGCUCCUGUGAUCAACUUAAAGUCACUGUCUAAUCCAGUACCAGAGAAUGUAUCACCUGGUACAGAGGUGGGCAUCAUUAAUGUGCAGGACAGAGACUCAGAGAAGAAUGGACAGGUCCGCUGCUCCAUUCAACAAAAAAUGCCGUUUAAGCUAGUUCCUUCUAUUAAAAACUAUUAUUCUGUUGUGACUACUGGACAACUGGACCGUGAAGUAGUGUCUGAUUACAACAUUACAAUCAGUGCCACUGACGAGGGCUCUCCUCCUCUGUCCUCUUCUAGAAGUCUUCACUUAUCUGUAGCAGACAUCAAUGACAACCCACCUGUGUUUGAGGAACAGUCGUACAGUGCAUAUGUGAGUGAAAAUAACAAAGCUGGCUCCAUUUUAUGUUCCGUUAGUGCUCAAGACCUUGACUUUAGACAGAAUGGUACCGUGAUUUAUUCUCUGUUAGCUGCUGAGGUGAACGGUGCCCCGGUGUCUUCCUAUGUGUCUGUUAAUGGAGACACGGGGGUCAUCCAUGCUGUCAGGUCUUUUGAUUAUGAACACUUGAGGAGCUUUAAAGUCCACGUCAUGGCCAGAGACAACGGUUCUCCUCCUCUGAGCAGCAACGUGAGCAUCAGUGUGUUUAUAUCUGAUAUGAAUGACAACUCUCCUCAGAUACUGUACCCCUCCUUGGAAGGCAACUCCUUCAUGACCGAGCUGGUCCCCAAAGCUGCACACGGAGGCUCUGUGGUGUCCAAAGUGAUAGCGGUGGAUGCAGACUCCGGACAGAACGCCUGGCUGUCCUAUCAUAUAGUCAAGUCCACUGAUCCAGGACUUUUCACCAUUGGUCUCCACAGUGGAGAGAUCAGGACCCAGCGGGACAUUUCUGAAUCUGACAGCAUGAAACAGAACCUGAUUGUGGCAGUGAAAGAUAACGGACAGCCCCCUCUCUCUGCCACCUGCUCCAUGUAUUUACUUAUUUCUGAUAACUUGGCUGAGGUGCCAGAACUGAAGGACAUUUCUUAUGAUGAGAAGAAUUCCAAGCUGACGUCUUAUCUGAUAAUCGCGCUGGUGUCUGUGACCACCUUCUUUCUGACCUUCAUCAUCAUCGUCCUGGGUGUAAGGUUUUGUCGCAGGAGAAAGCCCAGACUCAUGUUUGACGGAGCAGUUGCCAUCCCUAGCGCAUAUCUCCCUCCUAAUUAUGCAGAUGUUGAUGGCACAGGAACUUUACGUAGUGCCUACAACUAUGACGCCUACUUGACAACAGGUUCUAGAACCAGUGACUUUAAGUUUGUGUCUUCUUACAAUGACAACACACUGCCUGCUGACCAGACUCUGAGGAAAAGUCCUACUGACUUUGAUGAGAUGUUUGGAGAUGGUCAAAGCUCCCCGGAGGUAUGA